AUGAUUAAAAUUUAUUUUCUAUAUAUUUUUAUUAUUAUUAAUUUUUUCAAUUUUUUUUAUGCAUUUGACACAACAAAGACAGGGACAUCUACUUCUGUAACCCAGGAAACAACUACUAAAAAUUUAUUUUCAACACCAUUAAUACCAUCAAAAAUAAUUCAAAAUGCUUAUGAUUUAGCAAUAAAAAUUGAAAGUUUAUCAAAUGAUAUCACAAAUUAUUUAUCAAAAUUAAAUAAUAAAACUGAAGGUUCAUGCUCAGAUGGUUUAAUAAAAAAUGUUCAACAACUUUAUGGUAAUGUUAAUAAUAUUUUGAGUGAUGUUAAUGAGAAACAAAGAAAUAUAUUAUUAAUGGAAAAAGAUAUUGAAAAUAUUAAAAAUAUUGCUGCAUGUAUGAAAAAUUCUAAUUGUAUACCAUCUCAGACAACAUCUAUUCCAACAAUUUUAUCAACUUUAAAACCAAUUAAUAAUGAAACUUGUGACCAAUUAAAUAAUAAUGGAAUUAUAUCAAAUGGAAAAGAGUAUGAAAAUAUUAAUUGUCAAUGGAAUAUUAAUGUUACAGAAUCAAAAUAUAUAUUAUUAACAAUAAAUUUUUUAUAUUUACAAGGAAAUACUUCAUUAAUUAUAACAGAUAAAUUAUAUGGUAAUCAGACAAUAUAUAAUAAAUCAAUAUAUCAAGAAAUAACUUUAUCAAGUUAUUCUAAUAAUUAUGAAAUAUCAUUAGUAUCAAAUGAUUCAUAUAGUGGUGCUUCAUUUAAAAUAACAUAUAUUACAAAUGAUGUAUGUUAUCAAAAUUAUUGUCAAAAUAAUGGAACAUGUAUAGUAAGACCAGAUAAUACACCAUUAUGUCAAUGUAAAGGAUGUUUUGAUGGUGAUACUUGUACUGAAGCUUUAGAUAGAUGUAAAACAUAUACAAAAUGUUUACAGGAUAAAAAUCCAAGAAAUACAUGUAGUAAUGAAUCAAAUAAUGAUGAUUGUAUUGCAAAAUGUUAUUGUAAUGGAAGUUCCACACCAACAGCAUUUUGUAGAAAUUAA